AUGUUUAAUACAAAUUGGCCUUUAAAUCAUAAUACAUCAACAUCAAAUGUUGAUUGGAGUGCUUUGGCGGAUAGUUGGAUGCAACAGAGGGAACAACAGGCUCAAUGGCAACAAGCACCUCUACCUCCACCACCGCCGCCGCCGCCGCCACCACCUCAAUUUCUACUCACUGCUCCACCUAUUCCACCUCCUGGUCCGCCACCCAUUGGAAUGACAUUUCCACCGUUACCGCCAACACAACUUGGCAUUGCUCCACACCAUCACCAGCUACAGGUUGGUUCAAAUACCACUCAGGAAAGUUUAACGAUGACAAAUAUUGAAAAUUCACCUUGGAGACCACCACCUCCACCUCCAAUUAUGAUGCCUAGUGGACCUCAAUGGAGAUCUAAUAUGCCUAAUAAUCAAUCAUUAUUUUCUAUUCAAACAGAAAUGGCUUUACCUUUCGGUGGUCAUAACUUUUGGCCACCAAAUAAUACUGUUCAACAAGCACCACCACCUCCUGUGCCUCCUCCUGUACCUCCUCCAGUUCCACCACCAGUUCCACCUCAACAAUCAUCAAUACCAUCUCAAUUUCCUACACCAUCAUUUCAACAUAUCUCUGUUGAUAAAAGAAUGAUGAAUUCAAAUUUUAAUACAUCUAUACCAUCAUUAAUGGAUCUUCCCUCUUCUUACGGGAAAAAUCCGGUACCUCCACCAAUGCCAGUUCCUCCUGUAUCUAUAUUACCUCUUGAACCGCCAACAACAACAACAACAAUGGCCAAUAUUCCAAGUAGUCGUAAUGUGCAUGCAAAGCGGCGAAAAAUUCCCGCUUGGCUUCGAGAUGAGUUAGGUAGAAUAGAAAAAGAAAAAGAGAAAAAAAUGCAAAAUACAAGUAAUAAUAAUCAUUCAUUAAAUGAUUCUUCUUCUAAAUUUGAUAAUGAUGAUGAUGAAGAAGAUGAUGAAUAUGAAACGAACAGCAAUGAAAGAUUCCACGAAUCGACAACAAGAUUCAAUGAUGAUGACGAUAAUGAUGAAGAAAUCGAACAAAAUGAAGAUGAAGAACCAAGUUCGACAUUGAUUUCUUCGACACCAAUUGUCACUCGACGAAGUCGCUUUGAUGAUGACAAAUCGACUGAACAACAGCUAAAUGUAAGUGCGAUUUCGAGACGAACACAUUCACCAUCAUCGCCAUCAAAUUCGACGACGACAACAACGACGACAUUCAUCGAGGAUGAUCAAGUAGAUAAAGAAGAACAAUUCACGAUCAAAUUACGUCGUACAUUGACAGAAUUGUUACUUGAAGUAACAAAUGAAGAAUUAGCAUCUAUUGCUAAAGAAAUUUAUUUGAAUUGUAAAGCUGAGUCAUCAACACCUGUUAUUCGAAAAGCUUCUGGACUUUCAAGUCUUAUACAGAGCUUUUCGGGAACUGAUUCUGAUGAUGAAGAUACGGAAUUUCAAUCGAUGAUAGAUACAACUGUAAUAAAGAAAUCACCUAUUCGAACACCAGUAAAACAAGAUAAUGUUUCAACUAAUUUAACAAAAUCUACAAAUAAAAAUGUCGAUGAUGAUAAUAAAUCAAAUAAAAGUAAAGACAAGAAAUCUACUAGAGACAGAAGUCCAUUAUCAUCCUCUUUAUCGCAUGAUCAUAAAAAUAAAAAACAUCAUCAUCAUAAAAAACAUCGUCAUCGUUCAUCAUCAUCAUCAUCGUCAAACUCGUCUCAAUCACGUUCACAAAAAAAGAAAAAAUCUUCUAAUCAUGAUCAAUAUUCUGAAUAUACAAAAUCGAAAAAAUAUGAUGAUCGACGACGAAAACGUUAA